AUGGGACGCGACAACUCUCGUGACAAGCGAAACUCGAACAGGGACCGAUCUCCAGGUAGAACAAAACACUCAAACUUUGUGUGUGGGUUGUUACACUGAAAUUUUAGAAAGAAGACGUCGCUCUCGUUCUCGCUCAAAAGACCGACGCGAACGACGAGAUCGGAGACGAGAGGACAGUCCGCCAAUCAAGAGAGAAAUCAAAGAGGAGCCCUUCAGUGAUAGGUAUGUCUUUUUCGUAUAUUUAUUCUCAUUAACAGAAUGAUUACAGUGAUUCUCCAAAAAGGCGUCGAAAUGACAGACCAGCCAGGAGAGACCGUGAUGAGCGUGAUGACCGUCAUCGCUUCCAACGACCCGAUCAGCGUGACAAUUUCAGAAGACGUUCCAGGGACCGUGAGCAAAUCCGUGAAGACGGAAAACGUUACGGAUUAGAGAAAAAGACAGAGAAUUGGGCGAAAAGCGAAGAAUCUAACGAGCCAGCGAAAGAAAAAGAAAAGGUAAAUCUCGGAACGUCUGGAGCACUGACUGAAGACACGAACACUUUCCGCGGAGUGGUGAUCAAGUACAACGAGCCGCCGGAGGCAAAGAAACCAAACGCUCGCUGGAGAAUAUACCCGUUCAAGGGCGAAGAAGCUCUGCAAGUUCUAUACGUUCAUCGGCAAUCGGCGUAUCUCAUCGGAAGAGACCAUAAGAUUGCGGACAUUGCAGUCGACCACCCGAGUUGCAGCAAGCAACAUGCAGUUCUGCAGUUCAGGUAAAUCGCCACUUUCAUCUUUUUUGCUCACACGCUUGGUUUUCAGAUCGAUGCCUUUCGUUCGAGACGAUGGAACCAAAGCUCGCCGUAUUUUGCCGUACAUCAUCGAUCUCGGCAGCGGAAAUGGAACGUUCCUGAACGAGCAGAAGAUCGAACCACAGCGGUAUAUCGAACUGAAGGAGAAGGACAUGUUGAAGUUCGGAUUCUCGACUCGCGAGUACGUCGUCAUGAAAGAACGAGAGAUCAGCGAGGAAGAGCUCGCUGAAGGCGGAGUGAAGCAAGAAGCCGACUCUGAUUAA